AUGGACCUGCCUAUAAGUAGAUGUUAUCCCAUAGGACAACACUUCACCCUGUUCUGAUUCUGCAUAGUAAGAUUGGACUCUGGUGGUCAGUCAACAUGUCUGAUGACUCAAAGAGUAUCCCUCCGGAACAGCUGCCAUCGGAUGACCUCCACCCGCCGCCAAUGCCGGUGAUCAACCUGGGUCACCUUAUUCUUGAACCCGAAACACGAUCCGGUGUGGUAGAAGAUAUCGCCAAAGCAUGCCAUGAUCUCGGGUACUUCCAGGUUAUUAACCAUGGGAUCAGUCAAUCUGUCAUGGAUGGUGCUUUUGAAGCAGCUUUAGAUUUCUUCAAACUGCCAAGUGAGAUAAAGGAAGAGUUUGCAUCAGAUGACCUUCGACAGCCCGUUAGAUAUGACACCAGCUCAAAGGAUGGCAUUAGUAUGUCACGGGCAUUCCUAAAGCAUUAUGCUCAUCCCCUCAGUGAUUGGAUGCAAUAUUGGCCAGAAAAGCCACCAAUCUACAGGAAACACAUGGGAACUUUAGCUGUUGAAGUAAGGAGGGUGGCUUUGCAGCUCAUGGAGGCGAUACUUGAAGGCAUGGGAUUGGGAAAGGAUUACCAACAUGAGAAAUUUGAAGAAGGAUUGCAGCUAAUGUCAGUGAAUUGCUACCCUAAAGAAUCAGAAGGUGAUGCGGCGAUAGGGCUGGCACCGCAUUCUGAUUACGGAUUCCUUACCAUCUUGCUCACAAGUUGUCGGGGCCUGGAGGUCGUUGAUCGCAACAGCAACAGCUGGAAAGUGGUACAGCAACUCCCACAUGCAUUGCAUGUACACGUAGGAGACCACAUGGAAGUUCUGAGUAAUGGUCGGGUAAAGACUGUUGUGCACCGUGCUGUUCUGAAUCCUGAAGAAGAAAGGAUCUCUAUAGCUAGCAUCCUUGGUUUUGCACUGCAUGAGAAGGUCGCCUGUGCCAAAGAGCUAGUGGAUGAACAAAAUCCCGAAAAGUACAAAGGGAGCAGCUUCAAUGACUUUCUAGAUUUUCUCACAAGUAAUAUGGACAACAAGGACAGGAACUUUCUUGGGAGCAUUAGGAUGUGAGGAGCAUAAUUACUAAUUGAGGUAUAAUAUUUACUUGAGCCCAAAAGCAGAUGCUAUGAGAAGCUCUACGCUUACAAAGAUUCCCCCUGUCUGUUUGGAUUACUUAUCUGUAAUAGUUUUAAAUCAUGUAUCGGUAGUUUGUUCCCAUGUUGUUUUCCGCUUUCAUCGUUAUAUUGUAACGGGUCUGUAACAGGUAAAUAAAAAUCCAC